AUGUGGUGGUGGCGGCUGCUCGUCCCGCUGCUCGCGGCGGCGGUGCUCGUGGGGCCCCGUGAGAGCCCGUGUGGAUCUGACCGGUAUGAGCUGCACGGCCUCUGCUGCGACUACUGCCCGGCUGGCUUCUACGUCAGCAGAGUCUGUGACGUGGACCGAGGCACUGAGUGCAGCCCCUGCGAGCCUGGCUCCUACAUGGCACACCGCAACCGGGAGACUGCGUGCCUGCCGUGUGCCGAGUGCCGGGAAAGAGAUCAGGAGCUGGUCUCGGACUGCACCCGGGACAGCAACCGGCGGUGCCAGUGCAAGACCGGGAGCUACUACUGCGACUCUGAGGACUGCACGGAGGCCUGCCACCGCUGCUCCAGGUGUGAUGGCCCCACUCUGGAGACAUGUAAUGCUACACGGGACACCAUCUGUGCCACCGAGGGAAAUCCAGAGCCAGGGGACCCACCCAGAUCCCGUGCCGGCUCCUCCCACAUUUGGACAGUGGUGGUGACCAUCGCCAUUGUCGCCAUCAUCACCGUUGCCGUUGCCGUCGCCGUCGCCUGCUGCAGAAGACGAGACGAGUCCAGGGACUCAGGUGGCCCCGGAGACACCCAGCGCAGGGUGAGUCUGCUGCCCCAGGAUGCGGAGCACGGCCAGCCAGCCACCGGCGUGGACAGCGUACCGCUGCUGGAACACCAGGGCUUACCCAUGGUGCCCUCUGAGGACCCUAAGGCCAGGGUCCAGCUGCAGGAGGUGGUGCCCACAAGGAGCGAGGCCUCCCAGGAGCAGGCGCCGCAGGCACAGGCUCCCGCAGCCCCCGGGGGCCCGGACCAGACUGAGGCAGCAGUCCCCCUCCACGCCCUGGAGCAGCAAUAUGAACAAAAGUAUGUUUUGAAGGAUGGGUCCCCUGAGGCCACGAACAGGAUCUACUUUGAAUUCGGGCAGGAGGUUCCCAAAACUAGCUGGAGGAUGUUCAUGAGGCUCGCGGGACUGGAGGAGAACGACAUUGUCAUCUGUGAGCACGAGAACCCGGGGAACCUGGCAGAGCAGCACCACAGGAUGCUGCUGCGCUGGCAGAGCAAGCUGGGGCGCACUGCGUCCCCCUUCAGACUCAUGGCGGUCCUCUGUAAGAUGCAGCUGCGGGAGUGUCUGGAGAAUAUUAUAAACAAGUUAGUUACAGAAGAUAUCUUAGGUAGUAAGGAUGCAGAGCCUCCAAACUAG